UAAUCAAGUUACUUAAUACAGUUGACGGGUAAGUUGGAUUGAAAAUACAGUUUGAGAUUUUCCUUUUGAGCUGCCAAAAAGAUUCACCAAAUAUGCAACACAGACAUCAUCAUGCCGUGCUCGUGCUCAUGCUCAUCCUCAUCCUCAUACCCAUGCUCAUCAUCAACACAGCCACAGCUAAUGCCAACGAGACGACUAGCGAGAUAGCAAUCGGUGUGAUUCUCGAUAUGGAAUCCAGCGUCGGGAAGGUAAGCAAAAUUUGCAUUGAAAUGGCGAUCCGGGAUUUCUAUCAAACACAUAACAACUACACAACCAGAAUCGUCCCUUACUUUCGCGACUCCAAAAAUGACAGAGUCGAAGCUGUGUCUGCAGCUAUACAACUUAUUAAAGAUGUCAAAGUAUCGGCGAUUAUCGGACCCCAGACAUCCUCAGAAACAGAUUUUGUAGUGGACAUUGGCAACAAAACUAGGGUUCCCAUACUCUCUCUGGCCACAACCCCUUCUCUCUCACCCAAAGAGAAUCCUUACUUCAUCAGAAUAUCGCGCACCUCUUCGUCACAAGCCCAACCCAUAUCAGCACUCAUCAACACUUUUCCUUGGCGCGAAGUGGUCCUUGUUUACCAAGAUGGUGAUUUUGGCACCGGCUUCAUCCCCUCUUUGUCCGAGGCCUUGCUAAAUGUUAACGUCCAAAUCAAACAUCCAAUCGUCAUCUCUCCUUUUGCUUCCGAUCAUGACAUUUCUAACGAGCUCCACAACAUUAAAACACGUCAAACACGGGUUUUCGUGGUUCACUUGUUACCUGAGCUGGCUUCUCGCUUUUUCAAGAAAGCAAAACAAGCUGGAAUGAUGCAAGAGGGAUACGCAUGGAUCAUCACCGAUGUUGUCACCAAUCUUUUGCAUACUGUUGAUACAGAUUCGAUGCAAGGAGUGGUGGGCGUAAAACCCCAUAUUCCAAAAUCCGAUCACCUGAAAAGAUUUAAAGAGAGCUUUAAAAACCAUUCAGGCCAAGUAAUUAACGUGUAUGGGUUAUGGUCAUACGAUGCCACUUACGCACUAGCAAUGGCGUUGGAGAGAGUUGGGAGUGCUACUACAUUCCCGUUCCAACAGCAGAAGCCUGUAACGGACUUAGAUGCUAUCGGAAUCUCCAAACUAGGACCAACGCUGCUCUCAGAGAUGAGAAAGAUAAAAAAACUUAAAGGGUUGACUGGUGAUUUCGAUUUUGUUGAUAGAUCUUAUUCGGGUUAUGAAAUAGUGAACAUAGUUGGUCAGGAGGAUAAGUUCAUUUACUUGUGGAAGAAUGAAAAGGCUACCAAGAUUUCUAAUGAAAAAGCUAUCAGAUGGCCGGGUGGUAGCAACGAAUCCCCUCGCGGUUGGGAGAUCCCGGGGAGAAAAUUAAAAGUCGGAUAUCCAGAAAUAGGCGGGUUCCCUGAGUUUAUUCAUAAAGACGACGAGACGGAGCCAAAGGGCUUCUGUGUUGAGGUUUUCAAGGCAGUAAUGAAAAAUUUGAGUCUACCACAUCCUCCAUCCUAUGAAUAUAUGCCAUAUACUAUAAGAAAGAAUGAGACAUCAGGAAGCUACGAUACUCUUGUUGAGCAGAUCCAUCUCAAGAAGUAUGAUGUGGUGAUUGGAGACGUUACAAUCCGGGCAGAGAGAUCCAGCUAUGUCGACUUUACAUUGCCGUACACAGAGUCUGGAGUCUCAAUGAUUGUCCCCGUUAAAAAAGAUGACAGGAAAAAUGCAUGGGUAUUUAUGAGGCCCUUGGAGACGCAGCUAUGGUUCACAACAUGUGCUUUCUUUAUCUAUACUGGAGUUGUGGUUUGGGUUCUCGAGCACCGCGUGAACAAAGAAUUCCGUGGCCGUCCAUAUAAGCAAGUCGGGAUGAUCUUCUGGUUUUCUUUCUCAACCCUUGUGUUUGCACACAAGGAAAAGAUGAUAAGCAACCUAUCGCGAUUUGUGGUGAUCGUGUGGGUAUUUGUGGUUCUGGUACUACAAUCAAGCUACAUAGCAAGCUUAACAUCCAUAUUGACAGUAGAGCAGCUUCAACCGGACUUUACGGAUAUCCAUGAUCUCAUCAGACAAGGAAACAAGGUGGGGUACAAAGAGGGGUCUUUCGUUGCACAGAUGUUAAAGGAUAUGGGUUUUCAAGAUGCCAAGUUAGUAGGUUAUGACAGCUUGCAAGAUUAUGAUAAUGCCCUAUCAAACAAGAGCGUUUCCGCCAUUUUUGAUGAGCUUCCUUAUCUAAACCUGUUUCUCGCCGGUCACUGUAACAAGUACAUAAUGGUCGGUCCGACCUACAAAUCAGCAGGCUUUGGCUUUGCAUUUCCAAAAGGGUCUCCCCUACUACCACUCGUUUCAAAAGCACUUUUACAAGUCACCGAGAAUGAACUAAACAAUAUUACUGAUAAAUGGUUGCGACCAAAAGCAGAUUGCAGUGAGCAAGAUAUGGUUUCUAGGUCUGGUAGGCUCUCGCUCGAUAGCUUUUUGGGCCUUUUCCUCAUUGCUGGAGUAUCUUCAACUUGUGCUCUUAUCAUGUAUCUCUUCAUAUUCUUGUACGAGAAUAAAGACAUGCUACUAUCUGAUGGUUCAAUUCGCCACAAGCUCUCUGCAAUUGCAACAAUCUUCAAUCAGGAAAAACACGAGGAAUCAAAGCAAGCGCUGACGGAUGAUAAUAAUAAUAAUAGUAAUAAUAAUAACGUGUUAGUAAUUGAAGAUAAUAUCAACAAUCCUCCCCCAACUCCAGAACACCAUCAGGCGUCGGAUGAUGAUGAAAGUGAAGCUACUCCGGCUCAUGAUGUUGUAGAAGAAAGCAGACAUUAAUUAAUCUAGAAAGAUAAGCUGAUACUUGAAAACAGCGAUGAACUUGCAAUGUAUGUCUGUGGGUAUGUAUGAUUAUUUAAACAAAAGCAAUAGGCGUAGACCACAAAAAUCAACAUAUGCACCACCAUAUGUGCUAGUUUAUUUAUGUCCAUAUAACAAAAUACAGGAAGUGGUUAGUUUCACUCCACAACA